AUGGAGACACCUAAAAGAAUCUUUAUCACUGGCACAACCGGCUACCUCGGUGGAACCACUCUUAAUUUGCUGUCGAAAACCUUCCCCGACGCAAUAUAUUCCGCUCUUGUAAGAACCAGCCAGCAGGCCGAGGCCGUCACCACAGCAUAUCCAACCGUAACGCCAAUCCUCGGGGACAUAUCUUCAGAUGAUGUCGUCACAGCUGCUGCAAGAGCAGCGGACAUUGUGAUUGAUAUCGCCGGAGACAACGAGUCAGGGAUAAAACAUAUCCUGUCCGGCCUUGCUAGUAAGCCGGACAAGGGCACGUUGAUCCACGUCUCGGGCAUCACCUGCCUCCUUGACCCUAAAAAUCUAAAGCUGGGCUAUGCAGCGCCUCGUGUGUAUAGCGAUGCAGCAGAUAAGGCCGAGAUAACCUCAUUCGGACCUGAUCGGGAACAUGCUGCGCUAGACCAGUCCAUCCUGCGCGCUCCGGAGGAGAUGGGCGUUAAAACCGUCAUUCUGAGCUCUUGUCAAAUUAUGGGCAAUGGAUCCGGGCCAUGGAAGAAAGAGAGCUUUGGCCACGGGUAUGUGAAGACAGUUCUCGGGCGGGGCAAAGGGUUCGUUGUCGAGCAGGGGGCCAAUGUGUGGAGUUGGUGCUCUGUCCGUGAUGUCGCGUCGGCUAUAGUGUUUGCGUUGGAUAAGAUCAUCAGUGGCUCCUCAGAUCUGGAGUAUGGACAGGAUGGGUACUAUUUUGUGCACACUGGAGAAGUCAGUUUUGGGGAACAGGCGCAAAUUGUGGCGACGAAGCUGAAGGAGCUUGGUCAGCUGGAGACAGACGCGAUUGAUGAGCUCUCUGUUGCUCAGGCAACUGAGAUUCAUCCUUACGCCGGUCUAUUGUGGGGGGCAAGCUGCCGCAGCAGAGCUGAUCGUCUGAGAGCUAUCGGAUGGGCACCUCAGGAGUCUGACUGGAAAGCUCUCAUGGAUGAGACUGUUGUUGCGGCACUUGCUUGA